AUGUAUGUUACAACUGUUGAGUCAACAACUGUUAACGUCAGAAUAUCAGCACCCCGAAUUCCAUCCACUCAGCCUCCGUUGGACAUUAGUGUCACGAGGGGUGCUCCGGCUAACGUUACACUGAGUUCAAACAUCAGUCUCAUUGGUACUGGAAGACAGGACAAAGGCAUUUUCAUUUCAAGUGACGGUGAUAUUACUGUCCAGUGCUUUAGUUUCAUCGGAUAUGAGCGUAGCAGUGGUGCCUAUCUUGCUUUACCAACAAAUGUACUAUCGAAGAAAUACAUGAUAGCUACUUUCUGUGAAAUAAAUAGCUGCAUGUUUGCUGUUGUUGGUACAGAAAAUGACACCAGUGUGACAAUCUCGAUCAAACUACCGCCUAAUGAAACGGUACAGUUUGAAGGUACGACAUACAGUAAUGGCGAUAUCAUUACACUGACCAUCAACAGGUACGAAGCUGUCCAAAUAUCUUCUUCAGGUUCGUUCACUGGUACCUUAAUAAGAGCCACUGCCGAUAUCGCUGUGUUUGUCGGUGCAGACUACACAUCGGUAAGAGGACGCUCUGGGGAUCACCUGGUGGAACAACUCCAGCCAUUGGAUUCAUGGGGAAUGGAUUACAUGCUGAUUCCCUUUCCAGAUCGAUUGUCAUUUGACUUGGUGAUGGUUACUGCACAAUUUGAGCAAACAACUGUUAUGUAUAACAACUCUCAGUACGUCAUAGAUGAAGCUGGAGAGAAUAUCAUCCUUAAGCUCAUGUCAGAUACACCGUCAAGACUCAGCUCAGACAAAAGGGUUUUAGUAAUGCAGUUGUCUACUAGUGUCAGCUCUGACUUUGAUGACAUUUAUGACAACGACUAUGGUGACUACUCUGACCCAGUUUAUUAUGACCCAUGUAUGCUUCUAGUUACACCCAUGGAACAAUGGAUUUCUCGAUAUUUUUUCGUAUCACCCAUUUUGCUAUCUCAAUCAAAGCCCGUUGUGCUGGCACUUGCUGCAAAUAGCGACUGUACUCCUCUGUUUAAAUUGAUGGCAAUAGAUACACAGAUUUCUCUGACGUGGAUUGAAAUAUCUGGAACGAACAUCAGCGUGUCAUAUACAACCCUUGAACAGGAAGGUCCUUACACCGUGAAGAGUGUGGACAAUCAAUCCACUUGCUCACCUCUCGGUGGAUACAUCUACGGACCAGUACAGCAUUCUGCGUGGACGAUGCCAAUUGGACAGUCUUUGAAAGGACUACCAGAUAAACGUGACAAAUUUGUUUUUAGCUCCACAGAAUUUCCAAUGUCUGUUCGGAGUACUAGUAUUUCUACUAGUUCUGACUCGCUGGGGGUUACCUUCACGAAGUUAGCGAGUGUGGAAAGAUCAUCUCUGCAAUCCUUGGUCACUGGUGUCAGCCCUACACGCUAUUCAGUAUGCACAUGCUUGUGCAAGGUCACAAGAACUCUGACUGACGACAGUUCGACGAUGGGGGAACUGCAGAAGAAUCUGACAGUGGAGAAAAGAACCUUGUCGUCCAGAAGACGAAAAAAGCAGAGUGCAGUUGACCCUAGGUCUGUGUCUAAAGACAUGAAUGAUUUAUGGAGUGUUGAAUCCGAGCAGUAA